AUGGGAAGUCUUGCUACAGCUACUAAAAAAGAAAUUAUUCAAAAAAACAGCCUAGAGAAGUCUGUCCUGGCAGAAGCCAAGGAACAAGAGGUCACCACAUGUCAGAGCAUCCUCUAUAAGGUUCAUCCAGAUGAAGAAGUUGAGCCAUUUGACCCAGACUCCGAAGAAGUUUCAGAAAACAGUGAACUUCGAAUUUGGUUGAGCGAAAUCUUAGAUGUCAAACUGUUGAAAAGUUUGAAGUGUCUUAAGGUUUUUGAUACAGAUUACCUUAGUUUGGAUAGGAUUGCUUCUAAAAAUAGGCGUUUUGUUUUAAAUUUCUUACAAUCCUCAUUCCCAGAUAAAAUUAAGGUUCUCGAUUUUGAAUCCAAUGACCUAAUGGAUCUGAAAAGGUGCAACUACUUAAACUCCCUGACCACACUCAGCUCAAAAGUCGUUCGAGAAGUUUCCUUUGGAUAUUUCAGCAUCGGCCUGCCCCAACUCAAGAGGCUAGUGGCAGCUUUCAGACAUGUGAGAACUUUGUGGUUGACACAUUGCAGGCUAUCUAUCCCAAGUGUUCCUGAUUUGUCAAAGGCUCUGAAGAAUUGCCAAAUCCAGCAAAUAAAUUUAUACAGAUCAGGACACUCGGAUAGAAGUGAUUGGGAGAACAACUUCGACGAGUUCGAGAACUUGGUACAUGGGUUAGCAAGCUCUCCAGAUUUAAGAUUGAGUCUUGAAGAAGUAUAUGUCUAUGGCUGCGAAGUAACCCGAUAUAAAGUUGGCCAAGUCUUUGAAGAAAACCAGCUUGGAGGAGUUAACGUAAUUGGUGGACUUUAAAUUUUGGUU